CUGGGAGUGGCGGGCCGGCCGGCGGGCGGCCCGAGCCGGCGGUCGCCAUUCCCGUGUCGCUGCGCCCGCGGGGGCCGCCCGAGCCCGCCACGAUGCCACUGGGCCUGAAGCCCACCUGCAGCGUCUGCAAGACCACGUCGUCCUCCAUGUGGAAGAAGGGCCCGCAGGGGGAGAUCCUCUGCCACCACUGCACGGGCCGGGGCGGCGCGGGCGGCGCGGGCGGCGGCGGCUCGGGGGCGGCCGGCGGGACGGGGGGCGGCGGCGGCGGCGGCGGCGGUGGCGGCGGCGGCGGCUUCGGCGCGGCGACCUUCGCCAGCACCUCGGCCGCCCCUCCGCAGAGCAACGGGGGCGGGGGCGGCAAGCAGAGUAAGCAGGAAAUUCACAGAAGGUCUGCUCGGCUGAGAAACACUAAAUACAAAUCUGCUCCAGCUGCUGAAAAGAAAGUUUCCACCAAAGGAAAAGGGAGAAGACAUAUUUUUAAAUUAAAAAAUUGUCCUGGGGGAGUGAGUGGUCCACACUUGCUGGAAGGAAGUGAGCUCUGUUGCAGGAGAACAGGAAUGCUUCCCUUACCACUAAAGGAAGUUCUGAAGUUGGGCAUAUUCCCUUGUAAAACACAGAGGGGCCCUGUGCCCAUCAAAGCUCCUGAGUCUGUUUCCACUAUAAUCACUGCAGAAUCAAUCUUCUACAAGGGAGUAUAUUACCAAAUUGGAGAUGUUGUUUCUGUGAUUGAUGAACAAGAUGGAAAGCCCUACUAUGCUCAGAUUAGGGGUUUCAUCCAGGACCAGUACUGUGAGAAAAGUGCCGCUCUGACAUGGCUCAUUCCCACCCUCUCAAGCCCCAGGGACCAAUUUGAUCCUGCAUCCUACAUCAUCGGACCAGAGGAAGAUCUUCCAAGGAAAAUGGAAUACUUGGAAUUUGUGUGUCAUGCACCUUCUGAAUAUUUCAAGUCCCGUUCAUCACCGUUUCCCACAGUUCCGACCAGACCAGAGAAGGGCUACAUAUGGACUCAUGUUGGACCUACUCCUGCAAUCACUAUUAAGGAAACCGUCGCCAACCAUUUGUAGUUUAGAAAGUGAAAUUUCUUUCCAGUCAUCUUGUGUUCAUUCUCCUAUAAGACAUGCCACAUAUUUCUUUUCAUGAAAUUCUUAGAUGGAAAGACUAAACAUUUUUCCCUAACUGCCCAGUAAUCAUUAGCUUGUUAAUUACUAGUUACUUGGAAAUUUAAAAGGAAUUAAAUAUUUUAAAGUUGAAUAUAUUCUAUAUGUGUGUCUUCCCAGGCAAAGGCCACAAUUUCCAAGGAGAUCAUUAGGAACAGGUAAUAUCUAUUUUUCUCCACGAUUUAUUUCUAGAAACUCAUUACAAUCAAUGGACUGUACUUUCCUAUUGGAACAAAAUGUUAAUUAAGGUUGGAUUUCUGACCAAGGACUAUGUAGCUAUGGCCAACUGUGUCUAUCACAGAGUUACACAGGCUUUAUUUUUUCAUCUAGAAAAUCCUAGAUAGACUGUUUAACCUUAAGGAAAGUAAUUGGUGGAUGAUUUUACUAUUUUGAGUCUUUUUAAAACUUUAUUCUGUGGCAGAUAGAUUCAGAAUUAUUCUGUUGAUCUUCAUUGCACCUUCCUUCUCUAAGUGAGGCUCCCAACCAAACCAUAAAAUUGUAGAGUCCAGACAGUUAGCUUCAUGAAACGUGCACAGGAAACAUGUCAUGUCCAGGCAUCCCACUUGGUAUUUUCUUUUUUUAAAAAAAUUUUAUUAAAAGAUUUUAUUUAUUCAUGAGAGACGGAGAGAGGCAGAGACACAGGGAGAGAGAGAAGCAGGCUCCCUGCAGGGAGCCCGAUAUGGGACACGAUCCCAGGACUCCAGGAUCAGGCCCUGGGUCGAAGGCAGACGCUCAACCGCUGAGCCACCCAGGCGUCCCCAUACUUGGUAGUUUCUUGAUGAUCUUUGAAGCAACCAUUGUGCAAUCAAAAAAAUGACAUAAUCAUUAAUCAAAAGGUCAUAAUCAUUAAUAUCUAAAAAUGCCUACCUAAAGUUAAAUCAUCUGCUGGAGACUCAUAGUAACAGGCCUAAAAUAAAGUCUUAAGAUUUAGGUGCCCUGCUUUUUAUGAAAUUGUCCAGAAUUCAGAUACAGAUUUUAGCUCAAGUGCAGGUUAGCUAAGUAAGGGAACAACAAUAUGAAGGGAUUGCAUACAUUCGCCUCUGAUACUAUCCUGACUGAACCAAUGUUUCUCAAACCCAGGAAAAUUUGUCAGAAUCUAAUUUAAUCAUAAUGAUUCAGAAUUGUAGCAGUGUUAACUGUUAACGUUUUUCUGCACAGUUAUGGUUUGUUUGUUAGAAGGAAGCAACUGUAGAUAGCUUGAUGUUCAUAGUUCUCCCCACAAAGUUUACUGUAAAAUUGAUUGUAAAUACCAUUGUAAAUAACUAAGUGCCAGUAUUCAAACUUUUGGAUUAAAGUGUAUUUUUUACAUUAUA